CUGCCCCCACACCCUCUUUCACCUGGCGUGUUCGUUAGUUUACAAUUCUGCAUCUUCUUGCUUCCUUAUUCCAUAGACUAGUCUCCGCCACUUUCCCCACCUUCUUUGAAAGCUGAACUUUUCCAUUGUCUAUCCUAAAACCGCCUUCUCUUUUUCCAUAUAAACACCUCCAUUUCCUCAUUAACAUUCCAUGCAAAUCAAAUCUCUUUCUACUUUGUCCAUUUUGUUUAGAGAACUGACAAACUUUUCUGUUUCACAGCAAGGAAUUGAACGUCAUAAGCCAUGACUCUCAGCCAAUUGAAUCAAUUCCCAACAGACAAGAUACCGCAAGACACCAUCCCAUUUUCUUUCCUGAUGCUUGAAUUAGUUGAUUUUUUAUUUCUGCCAUUGAUUUUCAAUUGGGUCAGAAGAAUUUUUGAACUUCUCUCAAGUCAUCAGCCUUCUCUCCAAUCUCAACUUGCCUUAUUUGACGAUUCGGAAGUUCAGACUCCGAAGAAAAGCCAAGAUUUUGAAUCUUCAAACUUGCCUCGCUGCUUCAGUGGAAAUAUAGAAUGUUUUUGCAGGGAAGAGGUGGAGAUGGUGAUGGGAAAGUUGGGGAUUUGUUGUCACCUUGAGGGUGAGAAGAUUCAGGAAAAGUUGGGUCCCGAUGAUCUUUCGAACCUGUUCGAAGAGAAGGAGCCGAGCUUGGAAGAGGUGAAGGAAGCUUUCGAUGUGUUUGAUGAGAACGGAGAUGGGUUUAUUGAUGAGAGAGAGUUGCAGAGAAUUCUGUGUGCUUUGGGGUUGAAGGAAGGAUUGGCGGUGGAGAACUGUAGGAUGAUGAUCAGGGUGUUCGACGAAAAUGGUGAUGAUAAGAUAGAUUUCAAUGAGUUCGUAAAAAUUAUGGAGAACAGCUUUUGCUGAAUUCUUCUUGUUGAAAGAAUGAAAAUUCAUAAUUGAAUACAAAUUGUACACAUGGC